UUGUCUAUAAAGUGGGCGUGUCGUCGCUAUGGAAACACUGCGUGUGCUGAGCUGCGCGCCACUGUAGUGCCCGCCACCGACAGGGGUAUGUGUGUCCAGAAAGUAAACUGGAUUGAUGCACCAUGUCAAGCAGACAGCUGCACUUAUCAGUCGUGAAUCCGCCUCCGCCAGAAUACAUUAAUCGCAAGAAGACCGGGCGUCUGACUAACCAGCUUCAGUACCUGGAGAAGGUGGUGUUGAAGACAUUAUGGAAACACAAUUUUUCCUGGCCAUUCCAACAGCCUGUAGAUGCUGCAAAGUUGAACCUCCCUGAUUAUUAUAAAAUUAUAAAGAAUCCAAUGGAUUUGAGUACAAUAAGAAAGAGGCUGGAAUAUAAUUAUUACCCAAGGGCUCUGGACUGCACGCAGGAUUUCAAUGCCAUGUUCACCAAUUGCUACAUUUACAAUAAGCCUGGAGAUGAUAUUGUCUUAAUGGCUCAAGAACUGGAAAAAGUGUUUAUGCAGAAAAUUGCUGACAUGCCCCAUGAAGAGAUUGAAUUGUCUGUUGUCGGAAACAGAAGUGUUAAGAAGAAGAUGCGCACAUCAUCUGAAGGAGAGUCAAAGGAUGAUAUGGAGCAAACAUCUAUUCCAAAGAAAAAAGCGCCUUCUCAAAAAAUGCACAGGAAUCCAUUUCCACGGCCAGUUAUUGCAAUGAUGCCACAGAGAACCACCCUUGUUCCAUUAUCUAUCAUUCGGACUACACCCAAGACUGCACCCACCAGCCCUCCAUCCAAAGCCAAGAAGGGUAUAAAACGGAAGGCAGAUACUACAACUCCUGCUGUGUCUCUGAUUUCAACCUCCCGUGAAUACACACCUUCUCUACCCGGACCAAGACAAACCCAGGAAGCCUCAAGUUCAGAAAUACCCCCGGCUGAUACAUCAGUCAGAGAUCUUCCUGACUCUCAGCAUCAAGUUCAAGCAAUUAUUCAUAGUUCACUAUCAGAGCAGCUAAAACACUGUCAUAAUAUACUUAAUGAGAUGAUGUCUAAAAAACAUGCUAGCUAUGCCUGGCCUUUCUACAAGCCUGUCGAGACUGCAUGCCUCAACUUGCCUGGCUUUAGUGACAUUAUAAACUGUCCAAUAGAUCUGGGAACCAUCAGAGAUAAAAUGGAGAACGGGCAGUACAAAGACACCCGGGAAUUUGCCUCUGAUGUUCGGUUAAUGUUCAUGAAUUGUUACAAACAAAAUGCGCCUGACAGCGAAGUGGUGAACAUGGCACGAAAGCUGCAGGAUGUAUUUGAGAUGCUGUUUGCUAAAAUCCCAGAUGAACCUGUUGAUGCUUCUGUAGACACGCCAAAUGUGGUAACCAGAUACAAGUCAACUUCCAGUGAGAGCAGCAGUUCAAGCUCCUCGGAGAGCUCUUCAGAGUCGGAAGACGAUAGAGAUCGACAGCUUGCCUUGUUACAAGAACAGCUGAGAGUUGUACACGAGCAACUCAAAGUCUUGACAGAAGGCGUGACCUCCAAACCCAAGAACAAGAAAUCCAAGAAGGAAAAGAAAAAGAAGAAAAUGAAGGAGAAGAAAAAGAAGCUGAAAAAGAAAAUUAGUCUAAAUCAGAAGAAGAAGAAGAAAUUGAAACAGAAAGGACUGAAGAGGAAAUCUGUGCUCAACGAUUCCAAGAAAAAGAAAAAGAAGCUGCCAGUAUCUGAUGAUGAAGAUCAGGCCAAGCCUAUGAAUUAUGAUGAAAAGAGGCAGUUGAGUUUGGACAUCAACAAACUGCCUGGGGAUAAGCUUGGUCGCAUAGUUCAUAUCAUUCAAUCCAGAGAGCCGUCAUUGAAAGACUCUGAUCCUAAUGAAAUUGAAAUUGAUUUUGAGACACUAAAGCCGUCAACCUUGAGGCACUUAGAACGAUACGUGAUGAUUAGCCUUCGAAAGAGACCCAAAAAAACUAAUGCCGAAAAGCCCUCAAAAUCAAAAGAUCAGCUAAAUAAAGAGAAGAAACUGGAACUGGAGAAAAGACUUCAAGAUGUCAGCGGGCAAUUGAACUCCGCCAAAAAACGUAGACUUGCAGAUGAGGCCACAUCAGUCACGCAGUCAAUCGGUGGUCCAAAACGUUUGAGUGAGAGCAGCAGCAGUUCCUCUUCCACUUCGGAGAGCAGCAGUGAUUCCAGUUCUUCAGACAGCAGUGACUCUGACUCAGGUUAG